AUGCUUCAGCUGGCGCCUGGUCUCUCUUCUCCCGCGGCAGCAGGGCAGCUUCGGCUUCUCUGGGAUGCCCUCCCGCUAUUGCUCCUCUCACCGGGCCCUCGCCUCUCCAUCAAUCGUGGAAACGCUGAGAUCUGUCAUCGGGUCAAGAGUGGUGGAGGGAGAUCCUCACAGGCGCCGCUUCCGGCUCCGAGGGAAUCGGCGGCCAACGGGCGUAGUCUUGAGCGCAGGAAGCUUGAUAUUGCCCUUGAACAUUAUGAAAAUCGAGAUCUUCACAAAGCAAGACGUACCCUCACGGGGGCUGGCCUACGGACUGAUGACUUCGAUCAGAUUUACCACGACACUCUUGAGAAGUUCCCUCACAGCCCCAGCCCUGUUUCCUUGCUUGACCCUGGCAACCUUCAAGCUUCCCGUCAUCAGCUCAUAUUCGGAGAGGCCUCGGGCGACGACGAAGAUACAGACUCUGAAUCUCUCUUGGAUGCCAUCCUUCAUGAGAAGCAUGUCAAUAAGGUCCUGAGUAAAUUCACCAAGUCAGCUGCAGCGGAUCUUACAGGAUGGCGACCUUUUCAGUUCUUGCGCCCUAUCCUCCGAAUGGACGAGGCUACCAAGGAUGCCUACAAGAACUUCAUUCUGAAACCUCUACUCUUGGGGUAUGGCACCGGAAUUGAUCAGAUCGAUAGCCUUCUGCGGGGGGGAAUAUACUACCCAGCUGCCAAGCCGGGUAAACCUGGUUUACGCCCAAUUAUCAUAGGAAGCCUGCAGAGGCGAUUGAGCUCUAGCCUCUUCACUCGCUACCACCGCUCUGACCUUACCCACUUCUUCACUCAGGCUCAUCCUCGGGUGAUCCAGCACUCGGGCGGUCUGGAAGAUGGGGCGAUUCGAUUUGCCAAGCUCCUUCAGUGCACGCUAGGGCCUUUCACGCAUCAGCACAUUCCGUCGGAGGCGACGUUGCUCGCCUAUGACCCUGUCGUCAUGAUUGGGCUGGACUGCAAGAAUGCUUUCAAUUCCUUAUCCCGGCGGGCAUUGCUUGACACUUUGUUGGGUACGGCGUCUCAGGGCUACUUUGCGUCCCUGGGUGAGGGAUUCCUCGCCAGGCCGGGGGACCAGCUCCCGCAAUGCGGAUCGUUUGCGCACCGCGUCCUCCCUUAUGUCUCUCACUUCUAUCAGGGUGAUUGUCGUCUCUUUUUGAAGCGAGGAACGCAAGCUCGGCCUUUCGACUGCUCUCGAGGGGUUCACCAAGGUGAUCCAGCAGGUCUCAGUCUCUUCUGUCACGCUCUCCAUCCUUUUCUCAUGCGAGUUGCGGAUAAGCAUACCAACUGCACCUUCCCGCUGUACGCUGAUAAUAUCACGGUGGUUGGGCGACUUUCGGACGCUAGUGCUGCGGUCAAGGACCUUAUCGACACCCUGCGGGAUGACUUGGCACUGGACAUUCAGCCUCGCGACUCCAAGGUCUUUUCCCCUUCCUGGGUCGACUUACCGCCCGAACAGCAUUCAGCAAUCGUUGCCUUCAUCAAGCGCGAAUUUGCGCACUUGCGGAGCUUCUCGGUCGAGAUGGAGGGGGUGGUGGCAGGAGGCAUACCUUUGGGCUCUAGGGGCUUCAUCAGCAACUGGCUUCGGGACAAGCUCGCGGCUCUAGACGAUGACCUCCACAAGUUGGGAUCGCUGAGUACCUUACAUCCCUUCGCCUGCAAACACCUUAUCCGGGCUACUCAUCUCCCAACUUUGCAGUACUUCUUACGGGGCAUCGAUCCUGAAAUGGUAACUGAUGCAUGCACUGCUUUCGACCAGAGUGUUCUUCUGGAACUGGGCAAGGCUUUUGAUUGGCCCUCGUCGGACGGAGGCUCGGACAUUGACUUCGACCUGGACAUUCUCAACCCCUCCGCUGUUCUCUCGGCUGGAUGGUACCCUCCGUCAAUUGGACGAGCCGGAUCUGGCCCUCCCUCCCCUACUCGCCUCCUUCCUGCGGGUGCAUCAGGCCCUGGUUGA